AUGCACUUUACCAACCACCUCCGGAACGUGAUCAAGCAGCUCCAGAAAACGAUAUCUCACGAACAGAAUAUUGUUACGUGUGAUCGCUUGCGAAUAUCUGUACGAGGCGGUGCUGGGGGAAGUGGUAUUGCAAGAUACAACGGCACCGGCGGCGCUGGAGGCAGCGUUUAUUUCGUGGCCAGACCGGAAAUUGCGUUCAAAGACAUCCCGAAGGCGCUGGGCGGCACAUUAGAGACACGGGUGCUCGUGGCAAAGGCAGCUCCUGGCACUUCAAGUACGCAAACGAAGCUCAUCGGCGAUAAAGGGCGAGAUUUGAUAGUCAACGUACCGCUGGGAGUCGAGCUAGUGAACGAGGAAAACAAUGUGCUCCUGGGGCGUUGCAAUCGUGUUCACCAGAAAUUGCUGGUGGCGCGGGGUGGUGAUGGAGCAUCGGUUGUAAAUGGUUAUAAGCCCGGCAAAGGCGAAAAUUUUGUCCUGAGCGUCCAUCUGAAGUUGCGGCCAAAUGUUGGGCUUGUGGGAUUUCCGAACGCCGGGAAAUCUACACUUCUGAAGGCUUUCAUCCCUCGAAAAGAGGUCAAGACCGCGCCUUACCCUUUUACGACGCUCGAACCUCAGAUCGGCUUUUGGAAGCCGAAAAAGCAGUCCGUUGCGGAUGAUCCAUUUACCCUGACAAUUGCUGAUUUACCAGGGCUGAUCGAAGGCGCCUCGCGGAAUCGCGGCAAGGGUCACCAUUUUCUGAAGCACCUGGAAUACUGUGGGAUCCUGCUACUCGUCAUUGAUGUCAAUGGAUUCCAACUGAAGGCUAGCUUCGAUGAGCCUUACAGAACCGCCCUUGAGACGAUAGCUCUGCUCAAUAUUGAGCUGGAAAACUACGACAAAGAGCUCGUGAAGAAGCCGGCAGUCGUAUUGUUGAACAAAAUGGACAUCGCAAAAGAUCCUCAGGAGGCCGAACAGCUGAAAGAAAGGCUGCUGGAAAAACGGUGGUACGACAGCCUUCCGCGAGAGAUGAGACCCAAGAUGCCGUUGCGGUUUCGGAGCGCAAUUUUGGCGUCGGCGAAGAAGCAGGAUAUUAACGAGUUAAAAACCGCGCUCGCCCAAAUCCACCACGACACAAAUCCGCUGGACGCUCCUAAGGACGUGCGGACACGCCAACAAAAAUUGCUAGUA